AUGAGGAGGGAGAACCAGAGCAGCGUGUCCGAGUUCCUCCUCCUGGGGCUCCCCAUCCAGCCAGAGCAGCAGGGCGUGUUCUUCUCCCUGUUCUUGGGCGUGUACCUGACCACGGUGCUGGGCAACCUGCUCAUCCUCCUGCUCAUCAGGUUGGACCCUCGCCUCCACACCCCCAUGUACUUCUUCCUCAGCCACUUGGCCUUCUCGGAUGUGUCUUUCUCGUCUGUCACAGUCCCUAAGAUGCUUGUGAACAUGCAGACUCAAGAUCAAUCCAUUCCUUAUGCAGGGUGCAUAGCACAGAUGUAUUUUUUUCUACUUUUUGUUUGUCUUGACAAUCUCCUUCUCGCAGUGAUGGCUUAUGACCGGUACGUGGCCAUUUGUCAGCCACUUUACUACACCACCAUCAUGAGGGAGGGGUUCUGUGUCUUACUGGUGGCUGGAUCCUGGUUCUUCUCUUGUGUCCAUGCCUUGCUGCAUACUCUCCUUCUGUCCCAACUAAUGAAGAGGGAGAACCAGAGCAGCGUGUCCAAGUUCCUCCUCCUGGGGCUCCCCAUCCUGCCAGAACAACAGGGCAUAUUCUUUGCCCUGUUCCUAAGCAUGUACCUCACAACGGUGCUGGGCAACCUGCUUAUCCUCCUGCUCAUCAGGCUGGACCCUCGCCUCCACACCCCCAUGUACUUCUUCCUCAGCCACUUGGCCUUCACUGAUGUCUCCUUUUCAUCUGUCACCAUCCCUAAGAUGCUGAUGAACAUGCAUACUCAGCAACAAUCCAUCCCCUACGUGGAGUGCAUUUCCCAGAUGUAUUUGUUCAUACUUUUUGGCUGUCUUGACAACUUCCUUCUUGCAGUGAUGGCAUAUGACAGGUACGUGGCCAUAUGUCAGCCACUUCACUACACCACUGUCAUGAGGCAGGAGCUGUGUAUCUCAUUGGUAGCUGUGUCCUGGUUCUUCUGUUGUAUCCAUGCCCUGUUGCACACCCUCCUCUUGGUCCAACUGUCCUUCUGUGCUGAAAAUACCAUCCCCAACUUCUUCUGUGACCUCCCUGCCCUCCUGAAGAUGAGCUGUUCAGACAUUUCCAUCAAUGAGCUGGUCAUCUUUACUGAAGGAGGAAUGCUGUUCAUCUUGCCUCUGAGUAGCAUCUUGGGCUCAUAUGUUCGUAUAGGGACCAUCGUCCUGAGGGCCCCAUCCACUAAGAGACUCUUUAAAGUCUUCUCCACCUGUGGCUCCCACCUCUUUGUGGUAUCUUUAUACUAUGGGACACUUGCCGGUGUUUACUUUUUCUCCUCAUUAUGGGACUCCAACGACAAAUAUAUAGUUGCUUCAGUCAUAUAUGCAGUAGUUACUCCCAUGCUGAACCCCUUUAUCUAUAGCCUCAGAAACAGAGACAUCAAACAAGCCCUAGAAAUAUUUCUCAGCAGGGCUAACUUCUUGAAAUGA